GCAGAGCCCGGGCUUCCGGCUGGCCGCCGGCCACGCGCAGCGCCGGAGCGCGCGUUCGUUCGCCUCGAACGCGAACCGGAGCGACUGCUUCUGUCUGUUGCCUAGAAAUGGCGCGGACUUGUGGGACCCGAGGCCCGGCUCUCGUCCGCUGCUGACUCCCACCGGGGAACCGAGCGGACCAUGGGGGAGCCGGGCUCCUUGGUUAAGGGACGCCGAUCCGGCCGCCGGGGCUGGUGCCUGAGACGAAUAGGGAUGAACGCCGAGUGGUUGCUGCUGGAGGACGGGCGCGAGGUAACUAUAGGACGAGGAUUUGGUGUCACAUACCAGCUAGUAUCAAAAGUCUGUCCACUGAUGAUUUCUCGAAACCACUGUAUUUUGAAACAAAACCCUGAGGGCCAGUGGACAAUUAAGGACAACAAGAGUCUGAAUGGUGUUUGGCUGAACAGAGAACGUCUGCAACCACUGCGGGUUUAUUUCAUCCAGGAGGGAGACCACAUCCAGCUUGGAGUGCCUCUGGAGAAUAAAGAGAAUGCUGAGUACGAGUAUGAAGUUACCGAAGAGGACUGGGAGAAGAUCUAUCCCUGCCUUGCCCCAAGGAAUGACCAGAUGACAGAAAAAAACAAAGUCUUGAGAACUAAAAGGAGAUUUAGUUUAGAUGAAUUAGAAUGUCUUGGAGCUGAAGGCCCCUCAAAUUUGAAAUCUAAAAUCAACAAAGUGUCCUGUGAACCUGGUCAUCCAGUGAAGUCACAUCGGAAGAGUGAAGUGUCAAGUCAACCCUUGGAAUAUCCGUGUCUUAACUUGACUUCUCUUGAAGCAAGUAAGACCACAGGGGCUCAUCAGAAAGGCAAAGAGCUUCAUCAUAAGAAGCAGAACGCCUCAAACUCCUCCUCCUCCUCCUCAGUAUCUCAGAGCAGCUUAGAUCUGUUUAAAAUGAGUAUGUCCAGGAUUUUGAAGCUGAAAUCACAGAUGCAAGAAAAACAAGUAGCUGUUCUGAAUGUGAAAGGGCACUCCCAGAAGGAGGCCAUAAUGAGAAUUGUGAAAAUGGAGCAGGAACUGCAGGAUUUACAGUCCCAGCUGUGUGCUGAGCAAGCUAAACAGCAGGCCAGAGUGGAGCAGCUAGAGAAGACCUUGCUGGAAGAGGAACAUUGUUUCCAGGAUUUGGAGACAAAGCAAGAAGAGGAGCUGAAGCAACAGCUGGCCCAGGCUCUGCAAGAGCAUCAGGCUCUAAUGGAAGAGCUCAGUCGCAGCAAGAAGGACUUUGAAACAAUCAUUCAAGCCAAGAACAAAGAAUUGGAGCAGACCAAGGAGGAAAAGGAUAAGGUGCUAGCCCAGAAGGAGGAAGUCCUCAACCACAUGAAUGACGUGCUGGAGAAUGAGCUCCAGUGCAUUAUUUGCUCAGAAUAUUUCAUUGAGGCUGUCACCUUGAACUGUGCCCACAGUUUCUGUUCCUACUGUAUCAAUGAGUGGAUGAAGCGAAAGACAGAAUGCCCUAUUUGCCGGCAGGACAUCAAGUCCAAAACUUACUCCCUGGUUCUGGAUAAUUGCAUUAAUAAGAUGGUGGUCACUCUAAGCUCAGAAGUGAAAGAACGACGAAUUGUUCUCCUUAGGGAACGAAGAGGUGAGUGGGUCAGAAAACCCCUAGUUCUCAAUGAAGGACUUACCUCCAAACUUCAUCAGGUUUAUUUAUCUGUUUAUUUGUGAUUGGGAAAGGGAGUGAGCUAAAGACGGGGUGGAAGAAAUGAGAUGAUAAAGGAAGUUCAAUUAAUUGUGUCAGCAGAGAGUUCAGGUACAGUUAACCCUGUAGCUUGGACAUAGGGAAUGCAGAAGCCAUGGGAAGGUGAUAAAAGAAAGUUGACUAGAAAACACAGUCAGAUGGUUUGCCUUAUUGAUCACUAGAUGGUGCUGUUGUUCAAGAUAGUUAAGUUGCUGUCACUUGAGUAGGCAAUUAUAGUGUGUUUACAAAUCACUUCAACUUGGUGCUAGCACAGUGCCUCAUGCCUGUAAUCCUAGCUACUUAGGAGGCUGAGAUCUGAGGAUCGAUGUUCCAAGCUAACUCAAGCAGAAAAGUCUGUGAGAUACUUAUCUCUAGUUAACCAGAAAAAAGCUGGAAGUGGAGAUGUGGCCCAAGUAGUAGAGAGCCAUCUUUGAGCAAAAAAGCUAAGGGUCAGCACCUGACCCUGAGUUCAAGCCUUAGUACUGGCACUUAAAAAAAAAAAAGCUUUUCAAUUUUCAGAAUACUUGAACACAUAUACAUGUCCUGUCUAUUAGAGUCAUCAUUAGACCGACUGGACAGGACUAUAGAGCUGUAUGGACGUAUGUAAGUAUAAACCCUACUGUGUUGUCUUUUGGAAUCCUGCUAGUUUUACUAAAAAAAACUCCCAGUCAGCGUUUGUAUAAGACCAUUAGGGAUAGCAUGGGUGAGUUUCCCUGAUGAACUGUGCUGCUGUAGAGAGUGUCUGUUCAUUAAAGUGAUCUUGUCACACUUGGGCCUGCUGUGUUAAGGUUGCAAGCCACUCUGUUUGAGAUGGAAAUACCUUUGUGGCAAAAGAAUGUGUCUUGGGCAAAGCACAGGAGGUAGUAGGUAGGAAGGAUUGUUGCAGAGUAGAGGUCCAUUAUACACAAAUGCAGGGUGGAUAUAGUUAUCAUGAUCAGUCCCUUGAGCUAAUGAAGCACUGCUUGGGAAGGCUUCAGAGGCAAUGCUGUGAAAUCAGUUGUCAGUUGGCUAUACAUAUAGACCGUCAGAGAAUCAGGAGCUUGCUGCUCCUUCAUGUGCCACCUGGCCAUUGCAGCCCCAUGUUCGUGAGCCUCUGAUUGUACCUCAGCACUUGAUGUUGGGCCUCAGGCUCUCACUUGGCUUUCUUGCUCAUGACUGACACUUUGUUAGUUGAGCCAUGCUUCCUGUUUGGCAUUUUCCUGGAUAAUUGAAGAUGGGGUCUCAUGGACUUUUCUUUUUUAAAAGCA